AUGAUACCCGGGCUGGGCUGGCACGUGAACGCCGUUCCCGGGAAGUGUCGGCUGUCACACAGUCCCUACAACAGCUUGCUUAAACUCACCGAAACAGAUUUUUCUGGCCUGGAGAAACUGGAGUUACUGAUGCUGCACAGCAAUGAGAUAAACGCGAUCCCUGAUAAGGCAUUCCGUGAUUUAUACUCAUUACAGGUAUUACACGCUUGUUACUUUUUCAUCAAAAUGUCUUAAAAAUGAGUUUUUAAUGGUCUCAAGAGCUUGGUACAGUUGCACAUGGAUCACAAUAGAAUAGAAUUUGUCAAUCCCAACAUUUUCUACGGACUCACGUCGCUGAGGUUGGUCCACUUGAAAGGAAAUUUACUUAAGCAGCUUCAUCCAGAUACUUUCGUCACCUUGCGCUAUAACCAAAUAUUUAAAAUAUCCUUCAUGAAGCACAUAUAUUUGUCUAACAACGCGCUGACUUCACUACCACAAGAAGUGUUUUCCUACAUGUCUGAGCUGGAGAGCAUUUACCUUCAUGGAAACCCGUGGUCCUGUGACUGCAGCCUCCAGUGGUUUGCAGAAUGGGCAAGAGAGAGAGCAGAUGUUAUAAAGUGCAAAAAAGACAGAAGUUCCGGUGCCCAGCUAUGCCCAGUUUGUGCUAGUCCCAAAAACCGUGAGGGGAAAAGCUUAGUGGAUGUUCCUUCUGCAUCUUUAACCUGCACUAAGCCAGCCAUACAGGACUCCCUGAAAUUUAAAAACCUCACGGUGCCAGAUGAUGGGGAUUUUCAUUCCGUGUCUCCCAAGGACUUCACCGCUCCCAUAGGAUCCGUGGUUUUGAACAUGACUGACCAAACAGGAAGGCGCGGUGACUUGGUCUGCAACGUCCAGAACCCGAAAGAAAUGUCUCCCAUCUCCUUUGACACCAGUGGCAACAGUACAGUGCUCAAAGCAUCGUUCUCAGCAUCCCUUGUGUGUGGCAUCAAUUAUGAACACAUCCAGCAGCUGUGGAGCAUACUGGCACUGUACAGCAGUUCUCCCUUAAAACUGGAAAGGGACAGCCUAGCAACUAACGUGCCUUUCGUUAGUUACAAAUAUAAACAAAUCUACUCCGACAAAGAUGAGCUUUUCACCAACACAGAGGCUGAACUGAGAGCUGACCCAUCUUGGUUAAUGCAAAGCAAAGUGGCAUUGCAGCUAGACAGGACAGCGACCACACUGAACACACUGCACAUCCAGUACUUCACUGAUGCUCGGAUUGUUUUGCCCAGCGGUGAGGAAAACCAGGCGAGAAACAGCUGGACCAUCAUCUCCAGGGACAGCAGAACACAAACGGAGCACACUGUUCUAGUUGGGGGGACAGUAGAACUGGAGUGCCAAGCGACUGGGGAGCCAGCUCCUGCCGUGGAGUGGAUAUUGGCCGAUGGGAGCAAAGUGAGAGCUCCGUAUCUCAGCGAGGAUGGCAGGAUCAUGGUAGUUAAGACUGGAACAUUCAUGUUACGGACAGCCGACACCUUUGACACUGGGCUUUAUCACUGCAUAGGCACCAAUUACGACGACGCAGACACUCUCACAUUUAGAAUUACUGUGGUUGAUCCUUACGUGGAACACAACAGUGUAAAUGGAGCCCAACUCUCUACGUUUGUUGGCAGCACACUGUACCUUCCCUGCACGUCCACUGCUGUUCCAGAUGCUGCCAUUAGUUGGGUGUUGCCUGAGCGUGUGGUUCUUCAUCAUUCUGUAAGAAACAGACAUAUUUUUGACAACGGUACCUUGAGAAUACAAGGGGUAACAGAGCGAGACAGUGGCUAUUUCAGAUGUGUUGCAGCCAACCAGUACGGCGUUGAUCUUUUGGUUUUCCAAGUGCUAGUUAGAAAGGACAAAACCACUCUGAAGAAAAAGCACGUAGCUGUAGGAGAAUGGGAAGAGGGCGAUGGCUCCGGCAAUGCAGUGCUGGCCUCUGCUGCGACACAGACACAUCCUUCAGCUGCCCCAGCUACCCCGACAGCUGGUUGGGAAUCCGCUGCCUCGGCAUCCAGGAACAAGGUCGCACAGAGCGCGCGCACAAGGAGCAGCUACGGGAGAAUGACUUCCAGGCACUACUGGGACAAAGCAAGCAGGCGGUUCGGAGGACACAGAAGACAGUUUGUUUCCUCAGCCAGGAGAAUCGAUCCACAGCGCUGGGCAGCCUUUUUGGAAAAAACAAAGAGGAACAUGACAUCGGUAGAAAAACAAGGAGAAGCUGCAACAAAACCGCCUACUCAAGUCCAUAAGCUCUCAGAAGUACGUGAGGAUGAGGAGGAGACAUCCGGUGAUCUCGCAUCUCCAGAAGAAGAAUUCAUGAUGCCAGUAAGAGGGACAGCCAUGGUGCCCGCGCCGGUGACGGCAGGGCCCGAGCUGCCGGCGAGCAGCACCAUGGCUGGGAAAGCAGCUCCCCUGCCCCCUCCUCUUGCUCCAUCUGCGUCACGUGACAGCAGACAGCCACAAACGGAUCCAAAACCUGCAAUUGCAAACUCGUGGGAGAGAGCUGAUUUACGCCAAAUAUCAGCAAAUGGUAUAAACCAAUCAGCUGUAUCAAACGGAGUGAGCAGAACAUCGACCCUCUUCCCUGCUGGGCAGAGGUUGGGGCAGUCUGGGGAAGGCGAUAACCAGCAUUUAAAGUCUGUAUCUACGACAUCCACGACAGAGGUUACAGCCACCAGCGAGUCCGUAACUUCCCAAAGCGCAGUGGACAAGCUACAUGCUUUUACUGAGUCUCCUGAUAAGAUUUCCACCAAAACGGAUCACCAGGUACCUGUAGCGACAGUCAGUGAACCAAGUCCUGAAGCUGGUCACGUUUAUUCCCAUAGUACUCAGAAACAAGUAAGUCCUAAGCCACUGCUGGCCUCAGCUCAUCAGCAAGUUCAGGUUAUUCAGGACGUUACAACUCGUACACCCCAGGCCCAGCAGCAAUAUGGAAGGCGAAGGAAAAUUUCUGGUAGGAGACGAAUUGUUAGACCAGGACGUAUUCCAGGUGUGAAGGAGCACAGAUACAGUUCUGGGAGGCCAGGCUCUGUCAGCGGGAGUGCAGCUGGAGAUGUUCAACUGAAUAUGAAAUAUGUAUCAAAUUUGCCAGCCUUAAAUAAUUUAAGCAGCUCCAUCAACCCAUUUAGCCCAGAAGCACCCCUGUCCUCCGCCUCUACCACGAAUACGCCAUUGGAGCCCCCAGCGGGUACUCAGCAAAACACAGCAUUCCUCAGCGAAAACAAUGCUACUGUAAGGCAAAACGCCACUACGACAGCCGUGCCUCUCACGCCAAAGGGCACCCAAGAUACUCCUCAAUGGAAAUCAGAGAGCAGUGCUCCGUUUCGGACAAACGCUGAGGGAGUCCAACCUUCUAGCAUCAAACUACCAACAAGGGCAAUCCCCACGGCUCACACUGCUUCAGAACUUAAAUGCAUCAUAAGCAUUAGGACAUCGCCUGCCCUUGAAUCAGUCUCACCCAGCAUUAAGCCUACAACCUCAGCAAGAAAUUCCCAAAGAGGAGAAAUUACUUGGGAACAUCUCUUUGGAAAUGGUGCACAAAAAGAGGUUCUGAAGGAGCUGCCCAAACCACAGACAGAUGUGUUCCCACCAACAGAGGUAUCGGCCACGCUUCCUAAAACUACAGCAGCGUUACCUGUGCCCAAAAUGCCUCCUUUGCACCUUACGCCCGUUUCAACAGGUGGGAAUCACUGCAGUGCUUUCUUCUCUGCAGACAAACCCAUUCAGCACGGCAGUGGUCAGUCAGACGAACACCUUCCCGCUGCAGGACCGCGUUCUUCCUCCAGCCCUGCGGCUACUGGGACCAAAGGAAUGGAUGCAACAGGUCUGAAGCCAACAGUUCCACCUAGUAUUACUCCUCAGACUGACACCAAAAUCACCAGAAGUAAAGUACACAGGGUGGGAAGAAAGAGGGGUCAGAGGAGGAGGCGGCCCCCUAAAGCACAGACUUCGCAGAGCACGACUGCAGGCCACGGCACCGCUGCGAUUCCCUCCGCGGGCACUACUGCACUCGUCGUGACGGCAGCCAGGUCGUCAGCUGCGCCUGCAAGUCCCUCACCUGUGACACCUCUCUCCGAGAGCCUGGGCACAGUCCCAGAGCCCGAAAGGCCAGUGCUGCGGACCCCGAGCCCCGCAGAAGGCGGCAGCCCGCCCACGGUCAGCAGGACGACCAUCCCGACGUCAGCCCAGCGCGCGACUCCGCGGGCCCCUCUGCGGGGAAGGGAUGAGGACAGCUCUGUCAUGGGCUGGGCUGGACAGAGACAGGGCCAAGAAACCACCACCGUCAACCCUGCAGCCUUGGGCCCUGUAAGCAGAAAUCAUUUUGCAAAGCCCACGAUAAUUGGAGGAAAAUUGGCUGCUUUCACUGUGCUAGCUGAUUCGGAUGCUUUUAUUCCUUGCGAAGCUACUGGUAACCCCCGUCCAACCAUACAGUGGACCAAGAUCUCGCCAGGGCCCGAUGCUCGGGAGGGCCGAGGUGACGGCAGAUGGACGGUGCUGGCCAACGGCACGCUCUCCAUCGCCCGGGCGGGCCUGGCGGACCGCGGGCAGUACCUGUGCAUGGCGGCCAACGCGCACGGCGUGGCGCGGCUGUUGGCUACACUGUCGGUUGUGGCCUACCCGCCGCGCAUCGCCGGCGGCAGGAGGCAGCUCCUCACCGCGAUCUCCGGGAAGCCCGUGGCACUGGCGUGCAGAGCUGAGGGCCGGCCUCCCCCCGCCAUCUCCUGGGUUCUGGCCAACGCAACGCAAGUCUCCGGCUCUUCUGCAGGAACCGGCAAAGUCCACGUGGAACCAGACGGCACCUUAGUUAUCAAGGAAGUCACUGUUUACGACAGGGGCCUCUACACAUGCACAGCCAAAAACCCAGCGGGCACUGACACGCUGGCUGUAAAACUGCAGGUCAUUGCGGCACCUCCUGCUAUUCUGGAAGAGAAGAGACAACGUGUUGAGGGAACGGUGGGGGGGGAUCUGCACCUCCCUUGCACCGUGGAAGGGAACCCUCAGCCCAGCGUCCACUGGGUCCUUUCCGACGGCACAGUGGUGAAACCUCUGCAGCUGGUAAACGCGAAACUGUUCCUCUUCUCUAACGGUACGCUCCACCUCAGCAGCAUCGCCCCUGCCGACAGUGGGAAUUACGAGUGCAUAGCCACCAGCUCGACGGGCUCGGAACGGAGGGUGGUGAACCUCGUGGUGGAGCACAGAGAUACGCUUCCAAGAAUAGCUGCCGCCUCCCAGGAAGUGACUCGGCUGAAUUUUGGGGAUAGGUUGCUUCUGAACUGCACGGCGACUGGGGAGCCAAAGCCCAGGAUCAUCUGGAGGUUACCCUCCAAGGCAGUCGUCGACCAGUGGCACAGAAUGGGAAGUCGAAUCCACGUCUACCCCAACGGAUCCUUGGUCAUUGAGGCGGUUACUGAGAAAGAUGCAGGGGACUAUCUGUGUGUCGCAAGAAACAAAAUGGGAGAUGAUCUGAUACUGAUGAAGGUCAGCAUCACAAUGAAACCAGCCAAGAUUGACCAGAAACAGUACUUCAAGAAACUGGUGCCAUAUGGAAAAGAUUUCAAAGUGGACUGCAAGGCCUCUGGGUCACCCACACCCGAAAUAUUCUGGAGUUUGCCAGAUGGGACAGUGGUCAAUAACGCGAUGCUGGCAGACGACAGUGGACACAGGUCUCGCAGGUAUGUCCUCUUCGACAAUGGAACUCUCUAUCUCAACAAAGCCGGAGUGACAGAAGGAGGAGAUUAUACCUGCUACGCUCAAAACACACUGGGCAGAGACGAAAUGAAGAUACACAUCAUGGUUGUCAUGGCAGCCCCUCAGAUCAAGCACAAUUACAAGACGUACAUCAAAGUGAAAGCUGGUGAUACGGCGCUACUGGACUGUGAAGCUGUUGGAGAACCCAAGCCCCAGACGUUCUGGCUGCUGCCUUCCAGUGACAUGAUCUCCACGUCCACGGCCAGACACUUCCUGCACGUCAACGGCUCUCUGUCGGUCAGCCGCGUCAAGCUGGUGGAUGCUGGGGACUAUAUGUGCGUAGCUCGUAAUCCUGGAGGGGAUGAUACGAAAUUGUAUAAACUGGAUGUUGUUGCCAAACCACCUGUCAUAAAUGGUUUGUACGCAAACAAAACAAUCAUGAAAGUGACGGCCGUGAGGCAUUCAAAGAAGCAAAUUGCCUGUAGGGCAGAAGGGACACCCCCGCCUCAGAUCAUGUGGAUCAUGCCUGAUAAUAUCUUCCUAACAGCUCCGUAUUAUGGGAGCAGGAUUGCGGUACACAAAAAUGGGACACUCGAGAUUCGGAACAUAAGGCCUUCUGACACAGGAGAUUUUAUCUGCAUGGCACGUAACGAUGGGGGAGAGAGUAUGCUGGUGGUGCAGCUGGAGGUACUAGAAAUGCUGAGGCGACCCAUGUUUAAAAAUCCACUCAAUGAGAAAAUAAUAGCAAAACCUGGGCAGACUACCACGCUGAACUGUUCUGUGGACGGAAACCCUCCGCCUGACGUAAGCUGGAUGCUGCCUAACGGCACCUGGUUCUCCAGCGGGAUCGAGACCUCCCAGUUUCUCACAGGUAGCAGCGGUACCCUUACCAUCUACAGCCCCGACAGGGACAAAGCAGGGAAGUACCGCUGUGCCGCCAGGAACAAGGUCGGCUACAUUGAAAAGCUGAUCGUCCUGGAGGUGGCCCAGAAGCCCAGCAUCCUCACGCGCCCGCAGGGGCCGGUGACGGGCAUCAGCGGGGAGUCCCUGUCGCUUCACUGCCUGUCCGACGGCAGCCCCCGACCAAGCACAGCGUGGACCCUGCCAGCCGGCUCCGUGCUGGACCGGCCGCAGAUCAGCAGGAGGUACACGCUGCUGGAGAACGGUACUCUGGUGAUACGAGAAGCCACCGUUCACGACAGAGGAAAUUACGUGUGUAGGGCCCACAAUAACGCCGGAGAUUCCUCUAUAACUGUCCCAGUCGUUAUCGUAGCCUACCCCCCACGGAUUACGAACAGACCUCCGCGGACCAUACACACGAUGCCUGGUGCCCCUGUCCAGCUCCACUGCGUAGCGCUGGGGAUACCGAAGCCAGACAUUACCUGGGAACGACCCGACGGCUCGGUGCUCUCUGCAGGCAGCCAGGGCCGUGCGGCUGGGAGCCAAUGGCUCCGUCCCCACGGGACGCUGCUCAUCCAGAACCCCCGACCCACAGAUUCUGGCAUGUACAAGUGCACAGCGAAGAACCAUCUUGGCAGUGAUUCCACAGUAACAUACGUUCACAUCAUGUGA